CGGCCAUAAACCCUUACUCAUAUAUUUUGUGUGACCUUCGUUCCACGAAAAACCCUAGCCCCUCUUCUCCCCCAAGAAAACAACCGCAAUGACAGGUGCAGGUGAAGCAGUAAAUCCAAAAGCAUACCCACUUGCGGAUGCGCAACUCACCAUAACUAUUAUGGAUCUCAUUCAACAAGCUGCCAACUACAAGCAGCUCAAAAAGGGCGCUAAUGAAGCAACCAAAACCCUCAAUAGGGGUAUCUCUGAGUUCGUAGUUAUGGCUGCUGACACGGAGCCCCUUGAGAUCCUACUCCAUCUUCCUUUGCUUGCUGAGGAUAAGAAUGUGCCUUAUGUAUUUGUCCCUUCAAAGCAAGCACUUGGCCGAGCAUGUGGAGUCACAAGGCCUGUCAUUGCCUGUUCGGUGACUAGCAAUGAGGGAAGCCAACUGAAAUCUCAAAUACAACAACUCAAGGAUGCCAUUGAGAAGCUCUUGAUCUGAGAAAUAUGGAAUCUCGUUUCGGUGUGAUGGGCCUCUUGGAUCAUAGUAGUUGUAGCAGCUCCUUUAGAGGCUUUGACCUAAUGUAGUUGUUGUGCCACUAGGGAAUUGAGCUCUUCCAUUGUGACAUUUAUCAAAAAUUUUAUCCUCCAUGGUUUUCCUAAUUUAAUAUGAGAGAAUAUUUGGAUAUAUAUUUGCCAAAGUAAGGAUGAAUGAUGCUUUAAACUGAUCUUAGUAGUGUGUUUAUGCUAAGUCUGUUGGCUGUGUUGUUUGGUGCUUUAAGAUGGUAAUGUAUUUGCUCUUCCUGAAA